UCAAUCCCUAUUUUCGUUGUUCUUCAUUUCAUUCUCAUAACCAAAUACCAAUAAACCAAGCUAGGGUUUCGGACCCCAUUUUCGACCUCAAAUCUUCUCUAACAAACCAACAAUGGCGAUGUCAGCUUUGAGACGUGAGGGAAGGCGUCUUUCCUCUAUUGUUUCCUCUAAUCCGAUCAACACUCUUCGCUCAUCUCUCCUCUCUUCCGAGGAGCAGACAUCAUUGGGAGCUCGAUGCAUUUCAACUCAAGUUGUUAGAAAUCGCAUGAAGAGUGUAAAGAAUAUCCAGAAAAUUACAAAAGCUAUGAAGAUGGUUGCAGCAUCAAAGCUAAGACAAAUCCAAACAAAAACUGAAAAUUCCCGUGGCUUAUGGCAGCCUUUCACAGCACUUCUUGGGGACACUCCUAAUGUUGAUGUGAAGAAGAAUGUUGUUAUUGCAAUAUCUUCUGACAAAGGUCUUUGUGGUGGUAUCAAUUCCACUUCCGUCAAAAUAAGCAGAGCUGUUCGCAAGAUAAAUGAUGGCCCUGAUAAAGAAACAAAAUAUGUUAUCUUGGGUGAAAAGGCCAAAGUGCAGCUGAUUCGUGAUUCUAGGAACGACAUUGACCUUUGCAUAACUGAGCUGCAAAAGAAUCCUUUGAACUAUACACAGGUGGCCGCACUUGCAGAUGACAUCUUGAAGAAUGUGCAGUUUGACGCCUUGAGAAUUGUCUUCAACAAGUUUCACUCUGUUGUUUCUUUUGUGCCAACAGUGUCAACUAUCUUGUCUCCUGAGAUUGUUGAGAGGGAAUCCGAGGCUGGGGGUACACUUGAUGAACUAGAUUCUUAUGAAAUUGAAGGUGGAGAAUCAAAGUCAGAGAUACUUCAGAAUCUGACAGAGUUCCAAUUUUCUUGUGUGCUGUUCAAUGCGGUCUUGGAGAAUGCAUGCAGUGAGCAAGGUGCUAGGAUGUCUGCCAUGGACAGCUCAAGCAGAAAUGCUGGAGAUAUGCUUGAUCGUCUCACGCUUACCUAUAACAGGACUCGUCAAGCAUCUAUUACCACCGAACUUAUUGAAAUUAUUUCUGGAGCAUCUGCUUUGGAGGGCUAAUGAGAAGCAAUUUUUUUGAUUUACCUUGAUGGUGACAAAUAAGUCAACAUGUAAUCUUUGUUUUGGCAUUCCGCUGUUUCUUAGGAGAGCUGUGAAAACUUAAUGCAAUAAUAUCCUUGACAAUUUAAUUUGGGAACAUCAGAUAGGAUUUCCUUCUUUCCGAUGGUUUUUUUAGUUGCAUCGUGAAUUUUACACAUAUAUAUAUAUAUAUGGUAAUUGAGGUUUUGUGUAAAACUAAUGUGCUUGUGCUGGCACUAAGUACUGAACUGCUGGCUUUUUAAGUUGCUUCCUUAUCCUUGGAUGAAGAUACUGUAUCACUCAUAUUUCUAUUGGUGCCUCCAGGCACAUUUUUGCUACUUACGUAUUAUUAGAGUUAAUUUAUAGUUCCAAAUGGGAUCAUGGAA